GCACCUUGUAGAGACUGAGUUGGAACGGUCUGGUCAUUCUUACACGCGUGGCUGUCGAUUGAAUCGAUCGAUCGAUCUCAAGCUUUUACCUAAAAAAUGCCGGUAAGAGUGGCGGAGGCUUCUGCGGCUUCCUCUCAACUUUCAGGUGCGUCAUCUGGGAACACUAUACCUCCAGCUUGUUCUCUUUUAAGUGUUGGCCAGGCAUUUUCUGGGACUCAAAAUGUAUCUAGUCUGCAAAAGGAUGAAGCAUGGAGAGUCAAUGUAAGAAUACAAGGUUGUGAUCUUCAACAUGGAUACUUAUGUGGCACAAUGGAAGCUCUUAACGUGCCUAUGGCUGACACACCGGUGGUGACGUUCUGGGAAGGAGAAAUUGUUGACACUAAGAACUAUACCUUUUUCACUGGCAAAUGGGAGGCAACAACUGAAGUUGAUAUCAGGCACUGGACUAAAUUCGCUUCCUUUUCACCCUUAAUGAGUCAAGUUGAAAAUGAUGGUGGAAAAUCUCUGGAUUUUAGUAAUUAUCCAUACAUAUUCAUGAGAUGGAAGGAGCAAUACUUUGUGAAUGUUGGACCAGACUGCGGCUUGACAAUUGCUGGUUUUUACUACGUUUGCUUCUCCUGUAGUGACGGUUCCAUUAGUGGCUUCUAUUAUGAUCCUAAUAGCAGCCCGUUUCAGAAGCUUGAGCUAAAGUCUACUAAUGAAGGAAGAUGCGGGUUUAGUUUCUCAUCGUACGAGCUGCAGUGAAUUCGAAUUUCCUUUUGUUUCUUUGUCCAUGCGAUCUUGUGCUAACCAGUUCUGUAAGAUUGUUAUGGUUAUUUAUACCUAUGCUAUAUAUUAACAUAUAUAUAUAUUAUUAUUUUAUAAUUAAGACUCGUAAACUCAGGAGUAGAAUCUUUCUAUGAUAGUUUUUCUUUUCAUUGUCUACACAUUAUUGCCAGCUCGAAAAAAGGAAAAAGUUUAGAAGCAUACAUAUGCAUUGUUGGA